AUGGCCACUACCGACGUAGAAUUUGAUGAAUAUUGUGAUCCCGACAAUCCACGCAUAGCAGAUUUUGAUAGCAUAUUAGCAGCCCAUCAACGGAUAAUGGGACAAAUCGUUCGAACACCAUGCAAGAGAGCAUUGAUGUCAGAAGAUCUUGGAAUGGAGUUAUAUUUAAAACAGGAAUUUCUCCAAUACACGGGCAGCUUCAAGGAGCGUGGACUGCGUAACACCCUUUUGCAGCUCGAUGACUCCAAAAGGAAAAACGGGGUAAUAUCUGCCAGCGCGGGUAACCAUGGUUGUGCUGUCAGUUUCCACGCAACGCAGAUGGGUAUACCCAGUAUUGUCGUCAUGCCUGUAUUCGCACCAGUAACUAAAGUAAAUAAAUGCGAAAAAUUGGGUGCUAAAUUAGUGAUGCAUGGUAAAAAUAUGGCGGAAGCUAAACAUCACGCUAUGGUCCUGGCAAAGGAGAAAAAUAUGUUAUAUGUUAACGGUUUUGAUCACCCGCACGUUAUUGACGGCCAAGGUACAGUAGGCAUUGAAAUAUUAGAACAAGUACCUGAUGUACAAGCGGUGUUGGUUCCUUGCGGGGGUGGCAGCCUUUUGGCUGGUGUUGCUGUAGCUAUUAAACAUCUCAAACCUGACACUGAAAUAUAUGGAAUUGAAACAGAUAAAACAUGCAGUAUGGCGGAAUCUCUAAAGAAAAACGAAAGAAUUUUUUUACCCAUUGAUUCGACUAUUGCAGAAGGAUUAGCUGUAAAUAAAGUCGGAGUAAACACCUUUCAUACUCUCAAUGCGGGGGGACUGGUAGAUAAAAUGGUGGUCGUGAACGAAGAUUGGGUUGCACGUACCAUCAUGCAUAUUGUAGAAAAAGAAAAAUAUGUCGUGGAAGGAGCAGGAGCUACCUCCCUCGCAAGCAUCUUGGCAGGACUUAUUCCCGGUCUGAAAGGAAAAAAAGUUGUGUGUGUAUGUACCGGGGGUAAUAUCGAUAGCACCACUCUGGCACGUGCAUUAGAGCGAGGUAUGGCUGCAGAGGGCCGGCUCAUCAAAUUUAAGGUCAUUGUGGUCGACCGACCCGGCGGCAUGGCUGACUUGUGCACAUUACUCGCUUCUCUCGGUGUUACAGUGCGUGAUUGUAUUCCUGAGAGAGCUUGGAUCAAAGGAGACGUGUUUAGCUGUGAAUUGAAAACUAUUGUUGAAACUAAAGGAUGGGAUCACGCUAGAGAAAUGAUGCAAGCAAUCAAAAAACACUUUAAGGAAUGCUACUUUCCACCAAUUUAUGAUAAACUGCAAAAUCCACCUGCCUCCCGGCGCGGUCCUUGCCUCGCACCUAACCCUCUGUGCAUGCAAAAGUAUUGA